CCCGGCUCUCAGCUCCAGCUUUGUCUGGCACAAAACUUCCUGAAUGAGACUCAAACCAUAAAAGGAGGCGUAACUGAAGGGAAACAGCAGCAGCACCUGUGUGUUGUUGUGUAUUUUAUAUUCCCGCUGUUUCAUCACCGGACAUUAGCGACACAGCGCCGGUGAACUACAGACGGAGGUCCUUGUCUGUUCCCAUUCUGUCAGCCUCUGUGACUGAUUGAAUGAGGUGAAACUGGCAUCGGUGGACAAGCACAUACACAAAGGACCAUUGAUUGGUCAGGUAUUACCAUGGAGGACAUGAAGAAUGAAGCCGACAGAGCCUCAAUAGUCUCUAUGGCUCUCUACACUGUGAUGUUCCCCGUCUUUAACCAGUUGGAGAAAGUCAAUUUAUCAGCAGCGCAGACCUUGAGAGCAGCCCUUAUAAAGGCAGAGAAGGAGAAUCCAGGUCUGACCCAGGACUUUGUUUUGAAGAUACUGGAGAAGAAGAACGUGAAAAUCAACUAUCAUGAGUCUCUGCUUCGCAUGGCUGCAGAUGAUUUGGACGAGUUGGUGAUUGACAGGCGAGAGCCAGAGUUCCAGGAGCUGAACGAGAGGGCCCGCGCUCUGAAACACAUCCUCAGCACCAUACCAGAUGAGAUCAAUGACAGAGUAGGCUUCCUACAGACCAUCAAAGACAUCGCCAGUGCCAUCAAGGAGCUGCUAGACACAGUUAACACUGUCUUCAGGAAAUACCAGUAUCAGAACAGACGCGCACUGGAACAGCAGAAGAAGGAGUUUGUGAAAUACUCCAAGAGCUUCAGUGUCACUCUCAAAACCUACUUCGGAGAUGGAAAAGUAAUAAACGUGUUUGUCAGCGCCAACCGGCUCUGCCACCAAACCAACAUGAUACUGCAGGCCUUCAAGACGCUGGCGUAGGAGCCCGAGAAGAUGCGCACACACACACACACACACACACACACACACACACACACAGAUGUUUUCAUUAACGAGUAGGUGAUAUGAGGCUUUGUAAUUUGUAAAGACAUUUUAUUAUUUUGGGCUGUAUAAUUUAUAAUUCUGUGGCUUUGAGGGGAGAUCAGGUAGUUUGAGGUUCAAAGUGAAUCAGGUUGACAGUAAUUGCCAGGGAUUUUUAACUCUCUUUUAUGUUGUUCUUUUAUGAGAUUCUUAAGUCGAUAUUUCUUUCGUUCCUUUAUACAUUUCCCUCUCUGUUAAGUGCUCUGUGGUGCUGAAAAAGUUUUGGGGAAAUGUGAUUAUUUUCCAUGUCCUUAAAAGUUUGGUGAUUGCGCAAGUCUAAAAAAGUACAAUGGAGAAAAAAGUGGGACUCAGUUUCCGAACACAUUCCCACAUUUUUGCACUACUCUCUUUUUAUUGUCAGUUUUCCUUUUGUUAGAGAUAAUCUUGAUCUAUACGAUGGAAUCACGUACCUGCCGAUAAUAUCCUGCCGCUAUCAGCAUACAUCACAUUCGACUUAAAUCUAAUAGGUUCAAAUUCUGUCAGGAGAAACGUUCAGGAAUUUGAAAUGGAGGCUGCGUUCACUGUCUGCUGUCAUUGUCCUGUACUGUUCUAGUGUGCACUGCUUCACCCGGUGCAUCAUAAGCACAUCAUAUCCAGGUGAGCUGUCUAACUUUGUACUUUAGUCACAGAAAUAUCUACAUUCCCUUAAAAACAGGUACAAAAAACAAAUGAAGAUUCCUCUUUAUUCGCCUCUUUUAUUGCCAAACUUUAUAUAUGUAUGUGUGUAUAAGUGCAUCAUGAGAAAAGUCUUGAUGAAACAAUCAAAAGGCAUUGCUUUUCGUUGUUUUCUAUGAGCAGACAAACACUCAUAGCAUCAAACACUAAGUACCUGAAAUCAACUCAACCAUCUUUAUUCAACACAUAAUUUCGUGAUAUCCUUGCAGUCAUGGUGUUAAAUAAUAAAUCCCGAGUCCUCUUGUCUGGGACCGAGACAAGACUGCAAGAUGCGGUCGAGUCCGAGACACGACGGAGACCAAAAAGAGACCAAAAAGUGGUCUCAAGACCAAGACCCAUUUUGAGUACUACAACCCUGGUACACUGUCAGCUUUGUUUGCCGUAUAUCAGUGGUUUAAACCAUUUCUUUUUCUUGGGACCUCUUAAUUAGCUACUUGUGCAGCCCUGUCUCCCAGCCCAAGUAAUUUGAAUCAGCAAAUACAUUUUGACGGAAACUUAAUGCAGAGCAAAUUAUGUUUUCAAUUAACAUAAUGAGGAAAUGUUGCUAGUUAACGUAUCUAGCAAGUUGCGAAAAUGUUGAUACUGAAUGCAUCAGCAAAAUGCUCACUGACAACAUAUUUCAGUUGUUUUCUGCCAAAAUAGGCAAUUAUGCAAUACACCAUCCACUUCUAGUGACUACAGCAUUACUUUUUUAAUUACUGUAUUUUAUUAGCAGUUGGCUUAAAUCACAAUCUUUCCCCAAAGUGCAUUUGUGCCUGAAUUUAAGACGAGAGUCCUUGCUAUAACAUUUUUGUUUUUUAAAUGUAACCAAAAUCAUGAUCUUUCCCUAAACGUAACCAAAGUGCUUUUGUUACCCAAACCAAAGAUAGGAGUCUGGACACAAACCCGAAGUUCUGGUGUCAAGGUCCUGCACUUUGUAUAAUUAAGAAAGCAGUUUAACUACGGACGAAUGUAAUUUCCAGGAGACAGACUUGACGUGACAUGGGGUGGGAGAAGUUCAACCACAGUGAUUUUUUUCCCUUUUUCUGAUCAUUUGAUGUAAAGCAAAAACAAUUAUGUGUGAAUUUCUUUCCUUUUUUUUUUAUCCUGUAUCUGUACAAAAAUUCAAAUCUACCAUAAAACUCUUUGAACCCUACAUUUCACUUCAUUGUUUGCUGGUGAAAGUUCAUUUCCCCCUCCUUUUGUAAAUGUGGCAAACUUCACCAUCGAUGGCAGGAGAUCACACUGGGAUAUUUCCAGCAAAGCCAUCACAGUGUUUGAUCAAAGAUUUUUUUUUUUUCAGUGACAUCUGUUUGAAUGUCACAUAUUUUACAUCAAUGAGCAAAUCCUUUGUUUUGUGCUCCAAUUUGUAGCACAGUCUCACACGGGGGAGUGCAAGGGCACAGCUGCAAUCGUGGGCACAACCUGGUGCUGAAAAACAGGUCAGCUGGUAGAGUCCAAAUUCAAAAGUAGUUGAAGGUCAUUGCGACAAAUGCCAGAAGCAGACUUGGUUCAGUAAAAGAAGGUACAACAGAGGAAGUUAAAGGACUUCAGUAAUAUUUCUCAGAAUGAUCAAGUGUAACGCUCACUGGGUAUUCUUUUCAACUUCUAAAGAUAUGAAUAUUUAAAAAAAACACAAUUGUUAAAUGAUGGUUAGUGACUUAAUUGAAGUUUUAUCCAGAUUUCUAAGAAUUUGAAGCAGCAGAUUUUGAUCUUAAUAAGCUUACAAGACUGUAUUUGAUCAUGACUGUAUCAUUUCUCUCUCUGUCUUUCUCUCUGCCUGAUACUUAAAUUGCCAUGGCAACAUUCUCCGAACCAAUGUAAAUAAAAUUCCUCAAGGACUAUUAAACAAGA